AUGGCCAAAAAGGAUCUGGAGGAGCAGUUUUUUCUGUUCCCGAAGCGUUCCAUCAGCUCCUACGUUCUCCUGAAGCCCCACGAGAGCCGGGAAAUGGCGAGCUUAACCCUCUGCCUGAGGUUUUACUCCGAGCUGAAGCAGGAUUUCAGCCUCUUCUCCGCGGCUUCCCGAGAUCACCACAACGAGAUCCUCAUCUUCAAGGGCGCCACCCAGUAUGAUAUCUCCUUGGGUAACCAAGCGGUGGUUUUCCAGCUGCCCGAGGAAAAAGGCAGUGGCCUAGGAGAGGAUCUGUGCGUGACGUGGGAUUCAGCCACCGGGAUCAUCCAGCUCUGGCUGAACAGGAUCCCCCUACCCCGCAAGGUUGUCGCCAAGGGUUACCGGAUCAGACGGGAUCUGGUCAUCAUGCUGGGACAGGAUCAAGAUUCCUACGGGGGCUCGCUGGACACUGAACAAGCUUUCGAAGGAGAACUCGGCGAAGUCUACCUGUGGGACAGCGUCUUGUCCGCAGCUCAACUCAGGAGCUUCCAGAGGCAGGAAGAGUCUACCCCUUUGCUGGAUUGGUCCAAUCUGAGUUAUGAAAUCAAGGGGGACGUGAUGGUGGUUCCUUCCUCACUUUGA